AUGGACAGCAGCCAGCAGCCAGCACUCAGCAGAGUCAAGAACGAGGCUGCGGGAACCGUUGGACCCAAGCUGGAGUCGGAGCCGCACACGCACGCACGCACGCACGCACGCAAGUCAUCAAAAGCUGUGCACCUAACUACCCUGCAGCAGCUCAGUCUGGUCUGCAAGAGUUGUCAAGUGGAGUUCUAUCGUGGGGAGAGAGAGAGAGAGAGUGAGAAGCAUAGGACGUCGUCCGCUCUCCACGGUACGCCUAACCGGAUGCGGGAACUGGAAUACAUAAACGCAAUCAUAACGUACCGGCGAUCGACCAGCCUUCUGGAGCGUCUGAAUGGACGUUUUGUCCCACGGCUGGCUGGCGUGCUGGUUCCGGAUCAGCAGACGACGACGACGAGAAUGCUGUGCGACGACUUCAUAAAUAGAAAUCAACCUUGGGAGGAUCAGCAGGCGUUUCGGCACAUGGGCAUGGGUGGAUGGCCUUCUACGUCAUGGACAGACAGGACAGGCCAAUGCCACCACGAGCUUGUCACAGACGAGUCGGAGGACAGCAUGAGCAUGUUGGUAAUAUGGAGCGCGAUGAAGCACAAUGAUAGCAGGGCAUCGUCUCGUCGGCUGUGUUGGUGGCUUUUGAACGGACCAUUAGUUCAGACAGCAGCAGUAGCACUCACUCUGUAA